GUAACAUUUAAAUUAAAUGGGAAACUCGUGAUCUGCAUUGUGGUGACAUCAUUUGAAACUGCAUUGCUGUUGCUUUUAUAAAGCAGCCCACUCAGGCGAUCAGUCAACACUUCUGAGGCGAAUUAGUGUGUUAGUGGUCAUCUAAAUGAUUAAAACCAUAUUAAAUUAACGCGUAUCAGAUUAUGCACAUGGGAAAAUCACUGUCAGAACACGCUGCAUCUAAACCAUACCAGGGUGUGAGAGUCAAAGACCCUGUGAAAGAGCUACUGCGCAGAAAGAGAGGAAAUACAGCUAAAACAGUGCCCCCAACUGCAGUGGUGAUUCCCAACAAUACUUUGCCAUCAUAUACACAUGUUGGGUCUUCUGGUUUCCCAGGAAGCAGCCAAAGUUCUCUGAAUGAAUCAGCUGUAGACGUUGGUGCGCUGUGUCCUGGUUGGGUUGCUCAGCCCAGCGGCACAGCUGCUUUUCAGCCCCUGGGUCAUUGGGCUCCUCCUGAGUAUUUCCAACAUGAGCAGAGCCUCUCUACCCUCCCCUCCCUUACAAGCGACAUGUAUGUCCAGCCUGUGUGUCCCAGCUAUGCAGUGGUGGGCCCGUCGUCUGUUCUCACCCUGGCCCACGCCCCUCUCUUCACCAACCUCGGGACCAUAAGCUCCUCCAGCUCAGGCCUGCCCCAGAUAGAUGUCCAAGAUGGCUCACUGGCAUACAUUCCAUGGGCCCCACCCUUGUCCCCCUGCCCACAGAAUGUGGCUCCCCAGCUCCUGCCCAUGGCUGUGCCUGUGUCUGAAUCAGAACCGCAGCAGGAGGAACCUGCUCCAUCCUCAGAGGGUACCUUAGCUUUGGAGAAACUUCUGGAAGAGGAGGAGGAAGAUCAGAAAGAGCCCUAUGCCUGCAGUCCUUCAUUGUUUACACAAGACAUUUAGAAUGCCACUUUUACACCUUUGCUGUUCUAAGCACUGAAAUGUCACCUAUGAAGUAUGGAGUCUGCCUUUAUACCAUAAAUAAUAUAUUCAAUAUUCUCUACAUAUGCAUAUAUUAUUCAUACUGUAUGUCUACUUAAUUGUUCAUAGAUGUGCUUUUUUUUGUAUAUAGAAUGCUUUAUAUUUUUUUUCCUGGAUGGGCAAGUUUUACUUUAGAUAUUAUUUUAGAUUUUUGGGGGCUAAAAAAGACACAAAAUUGUUUUGAAAAUACAGAAAAACAUAAACGUUAAAGUCAGUGAUUUUUCUAUGUUUCCAUGAGUAUGUUUGAGUUGUCAAACAAAUUUAAUCUGAGAAUCAUUUCAGUCUACUGUGCUCUGUUUUUCCUAAACAUGAAAAAAAAGACCUUUUGUUUGUUUUCCUGCAAAUAUAUCCUAUCCAUUCAUAUCCUGUAAGAAGAGAUAUAUUUUCUCAGCAGGUGCCACAUAAAUCUUAUGAGAGCCCUGGGAGUCCCUCAGGAUUCCAGUGCAAAUGUCAUUCUCUAGAUGAGUGUUUGGGGGGAAACAAAAGAUUUGCUGCAGAGACUUUUAUCUCAUUAUCUUGACACAGCCAUUGUCCUUUACCUAGGGGUGCCAGUUUUACCUUGUGUUCCCACAACAUUUUUCUGGCCCUGGUUGUCAGCCCUGCACCUGCUCUUCAGCUGUCAACUUAACCAAACUUUCAUUAUAGGUGACUAAUAGUGAAGCAUAACCAAAGACAAUAAAGAAAUUAUUAUUUA